AUGGCCACCUGGCUCCCCACGCCCGCCGGCGCCGCCGGCGCCGGCGCCGGCGAGCUGCGGGACGUGCCGUGCCUCGUGGCGGAGGCGGCGCGGCGAGGCCCGGAGCUGGCGGUGCGGAGUGAGGCGCUGGACACCGAGGACGGGGCAAAGUAUCCCGCAGAUCGCUACUGCCUCACCUUCCCGCAGCUGCUGCAGAAGGCCCAGGUGUUGGCCUGCGAACUCCGCCGCCGGUCUCCAGAACCUCUGGUGGCAGUGUGUCUGCAGCGGACCCCGGCGCUGGUGGUGGCGCUACUGGGGGUCUGGUGCGCUGGAAAGGCCUACCUGCCACUUGAGCCGACCCAUCCUGGGGCACGGCUCCGGUUUUUGCUGGAGGACAGCGGGGCGGAGGUCCUCGUCACCUGCUGGUGCGUCCGGCGCCGGAACCUGCUGCCGGAGGAGCGCAUCGUGCGGGUGGCGGCCGUCGACGGCCGCUUGAUCUGCCCGGAGGGCGCUCAGCCUCCUCUUUCUGCCCCAGAUCUGGCCGUGGAACCCACGGACCUGCAAACACCCGCCUACUUGAUGUACACCUCCGGCAGCACUGGUACACCCAAAGGCGUGCUGGUUGCUCGACGGGGCGUUUUGAAUGUCCUCCAUGCCUUCAACGACAUGAUCCGGCCGGGCCGUGACACGGGCGACGCGGGCGACGGCGUGGGCGGGCAGUUGCUGGCGACCACGACUUACUGCUUCGACAUCUCCGUGCUGGAGAUCUUUUGGCCGCUGUGUUUUGGCUUCUCCUUGUUCCUGGUCUCGGCAAGCACAGCGCGGAACGGCGGCAAGCUGGCACGGCUUGUCGGGAGCCAGGGGGCAGACCUCCUGCAGGGCACCCCGGCCAUGUGGCGGUCGUUGGUGGCGAACGGCUGGACCGGACAUGCAGGCGGGAGGGGAAGGUAA